UGGGAAGGGAAAUGGUGGCGGCGGCGGCGGCCGGUAGGUGGAGAUUAGAGAAAGAAAGAGAUGAUGUAAUUUAAGCAUUUAGCAAAGUAGCUGAGGACCGUAUGUCUUGGAAAGGAAAGGUAAUGAAAACAAUGAGGAAAGGUGGGACUCAAUUUGUGGCCCAAUAUCCAUAAUUCAUGACCCAGCCCAAACACGUCAUCCAUUCCAGGAGCCUGAGACCGAAAGUGCAACAAGACAAUCGUGGCUGCUGAAAGACUGAGAGAUGCCGAACGAAAGUUGAAACAAAACUAAUAAGUCUACUAAAUAAAUAACAAGAGCUAGCAGUGGAUUGAAGGUCAAUUUCCACGGGGGCAUGGCCCAUCCUUCGAAGUCUAGCUGGCAUUCCAUUCCAAGCCCUAGUGCUUCAGUCCACCGCUACCGUCUUUCCACAAUGUCCAUUUUCGAUUUCUUUCAGAUGCCAUGUCGGUCACAGCGCUCCUCUGAUAAUUGAGAUAUCCGCCCGCCGUCACGUCUGUCAGUGGCUCGAAAGCCUAGCAGCUCAGCUGCUCGGCCGACGUCGUUUGAGUAGUCUGUUUCGGCUCAGUCACCAACAACAACUAGGGAAUUUUACAGUUAGUAUGUCGUUAUCUUUCCUGUGCCCUAGGCCUGAUACAACUGGGGGGCUGCGCAACACCUUCCCCACGCGCCUUCAUGUGAGACCUUUUGCCUCUGUUGCAUCCCAGCCAGAAAUUGAAAUUGUUGGCGUUAAGCAAAUCCAGCAGAAGAAGAAAUUAGAAAAGGCAGUGCUGGUGGAUUCCCUCCUCAGAAGUUACGGCUUCAGUGACGCCCAAAUCUCCAAACUUCAAACCUUGCGUCCCCGGGCGCUAACUCUCAAUCCUCAGGAAAUCCUCUUGCCGAAAUUCGAGUUCCUGCGUUCCAUAGGCGUCUCCGCUGCUGAUCUUCCCAAGAUUAUAUCUCUUAACCCUGCCAUACUCGAAAUCAGCCUCCAGGGAAGGCUCGUUCCUUGCUACAAUUUCUUCAAGAGUUUGAACUUGACGGACCAGCACAUUGUUACAAUGUUGAAGAACUACUGGAAAAUUUUCCACGGUGACGAACGGAAAGUACUUGGACCUAAGAUAGAGGUGCUCAAGGGUCUCGGGGUGCCUCACCCCGCUAUCUCGCUCUUGUUGGUCCACUAUCCCAGCGUGGUCCAUCUCAGCUUCAACACCUUCCGAAGAUGUGUGGACGAAGCAAUCCAGAUGGGGUUCGAUCCAUCCGUCGGCCACUUCGUUCAAGCAGUCAAAGCGCUGUCUCGGUUUGCUAAAAAGCAAGACAUUGAGCAUGUGAUGGAUGUUUACCGGAGGUGGGGUGUUUCCGACGAUGAGAUUUUGUUAGUCUUCCGGUCACAACCGCUGUGUAUGGACUGCUCCGAGCAGAAAAUCAUGAGGACCAUGGAUUUCCUUGUCAACCAGAUGAAAUGGCAGCCCGACGCUGUUGUCCGGUGGCCCACCGUCCUCCGGUACAGCUUGGAGAAGCGGAUCAUGCCCAGGUGUCGAGUCAUUAAAGCUCUGAUCGCCAACAGUUUGGUUGAGGAGAAUAUUAGCUUUGGUUCUUUCAUAAGCAUUUCUGAGCGGCUUUUCUUGGAUCGGUACGUGGACAAUUGGUUGAAAGUUUUACCCAGAUUAAUGGGUAUUUAUCGAGGAGAGGAAUCAGGAAUCCCUCAUCAAUUUGACCUCAAACGACUCGGGGAUUGAAUCUCAUCACAUCAUUUUUCUUUUUUCUUUUUCUUUUUCUUUUGGGUCCUAUGAAGGGCCCUUUGCAAAGUCCACUAGGCCCCCGGGGGGAACCGCAAUACACCCAGUCGUGUAUCAUUAGCUAGUACUGUGGCUUCUUCGCCAAUGAAGAGCAGACGAACAAUGAGGCAAACGGUGUCGUGUAUAUUCUGUUCUAGCGUACAACCCAUGAUUUUCUUUUA